UCAAAAGCAACGGAUAAAAAAGCCCGCAAUUGCGUUUUGCUCGAUAGUUUUCGCUGUUCCGAUCGACUGAAAUGGUCCUUACCGCUAAUCAGUUAACAGUACUUUGCCUGCUUUCGACGGUUCUGAUCCAGGGCGUUCAGAUGGAUCGCUUGUGGCCCUUGGAACCACUGGAAGGGAAUCAGAUAGAAGAUGAUGUCGAUUAUUCUGUUCCGACUGAUCUAGAAGACGUCGAUUGGUCGCCUCCCAAUGGGGAACUACCGGACGUUUCCAAUAUCGCCCGCAAUCCAUUUGUGCCUGAUGAUGGCUGGGAGGGUUUGGGAUUUGCUGAUGGUGCCGCCAGCCCUGAGCUGAAAUCCGAUUCGAAUUUCCUCAGAAGAAAGAAAAAUCAAGUUCUAUGCCACGUGCAAAGAGCCAUCCACCACCAUAAAGAGGCAGGACAGGAAUUUUUCCCGAAAUCCUUCACUAGCUACUCGUGCCAUCCAGUAAAUCCAUUGGAAGCAGAUGAAUCGCUAACAGCCAGCCAUGACACCUGCUACGUGUCCGGCAGCAAUUGCAUCACAAUCGAAAAGGAGCAAUUGUUCUUAAAAAGGCGACAAAACACGCACUGUUGGACGCAUUUUAUCGAAGCAGUUGGUGCCGGUUGCAAAUGCCUUUCAAGAAAAUAUUAACUUUUUAAUUAAUUUGCUUUAUAUUGCAUUUUCAUCUUCAUCAUUGUCUUCUGCUUAGGUGUCCAGGCAAACUUCCGAAAAGCUUCGCGUGUUAAUUCAGUUUUGUUCAACUUUUGAAUUGAAAUCAAUCAAAAAUGUUAAUUUCCCUGCUUCGGACCGAAAGGGUUUAAUGGAUUUUUCUGUUUCAGGACGUUUGUCUGGUUAAGUCGAAUAAAUGCGCCACGUUGCACAUGACAAGGUUUUUUCUUAAGCGCAACCAAUCAGACGCUUGCUGGUCUGACAUUGUCGCUAUGGAUGUCGAAUCGGGUUGCAACUGUUUGUACCAUUAUAAAUAUAGGGUUCAUUUUUAAGCGAAAAAAUAUACCAUUAUAGUAAAAUACAUGCAAUUUCCACUUCAA